UUUGGGUCAACCCACAUGACCCAUAUAACAACCAAUCCCUAGAAUUCUUCCACACUCUUCCUAUUUACUAGGAAAAAAUCGCCUCCUUUAUUUCUCCCCCCUUUUUCCCACUUUGCCCUUUCCACAUUUCCCAAGAAAGAAAACCUCAAAAACUUACCCAUCAAUGGCGGCCAUGAUCCGCCUAUUCCGAUCAUCAUCAUCAUCGUCAUACAGUAGGUAUUUUUCUACUGCAGCUGUGUCGGAAACUGUGAAAUCUCAAUCUUACCCUCGUAAUCCUGUUACUACUAAUGUUGAACCUAAGGGUAAAACUGUCCAAUGGGUUUUCUUGGGUUGUCCUGGUGUUGGAAAAGGUACUUAUGCUAGUCGUUUAUCGACCCUUUUGGGUGUUCCUCAUAUUGCUACUGGAGAUCUUGUACGUGAUGAGCUGAAAAGUUCGGGUUCUUUGUCCAAACAACUUGCAGAGAUUGUCAACCAAGGGAAACUUGUUUCAGAUGAGAUAAUACUGAAUUUACUAUCUAAGAGGCUCGAGAAUGGGGAAGCUAAGGGUGAAGCUGGAUUCAUACUUGACGGAUUCCCUAGAACCGUGAGACAAGCAGAAAUAUUGACCGAGGUGACAGACAUAGAUCUGGUGGUUAAUCUCAAGCUUCCAGAAAGCGUAUUGGUUGAGAAAUGCCUUGGCCGAAGGAUUUGCAGUGAAUGUGGAAAGAACUUCAAUGUGGCAUCUAUUGAUGUCGCGGGUGAAAAUGGGGCUCCUAGAAUCACCAUGGCUCCACUUAAUCCUCCCACACAGUGUAUAUCAAAGUUAAUCACUCGAGCAGAUGAUACAGAAGAUAUCGUCAAGGAAAGACUUCGUAUAUACUGGGACAAGAGUCAGCCCGUUGAAGACUUCUACCGGAGCCAAGGAAAGUUACUUGAAUUUGAUUUGCCUGGAGGUAUCCCAGAAUCAUGGCCCAAGUUGUUGGAAGUUCUCAACCUCGAUGAGCAGGAACAUAAACUGUCUGCUGCAGCUUAGUUUCAUUAGCUGCUUCAUAUCUGUGCGCGCUCUUAACAAUUUUGCAGAAAAGAACAUAUUCAUUGGUUUCGCUUCUAUUUUCUUUUUUCUCUUAAUUUAAGUCAAAUAACAAACUAUAUUGAGUGUACUUUGAAGCCGUAACAAAAUACGGUGGCUGCCUUUGUUGGAUUUCAAUUUUUUAUGAAGAGGUUUGUUGUACCAUAGUUUCAGCAAGAGUUAUAAAGAUGAUUAUUUUUCCA